AUGCAAGGGGAAGAUAUAGAUCGAGCAGCCUUUCUAAGACUGAAAACCAAGGCUAUUUUCAACAGAUUGGAGCGCUUAAUCAAAGAGUUGGCCUCAGACAAGCUGCACAGUAUGGACGAGUACAGUAUUUCGGCAACGCUAGAAUCUCUGGUCGAAUUGAAAUCCAACUUUUCUGUCGCACAUACAAGCUUAGAGGAAUUAGAUUUUGACUCCAUAGCCAGCGAUUUGCCAAGCCACUUCGAUGCUGCUCUAAUCAACCUUAGGGCUAGCUUGCAACGCGAGAUAGGUAAACGUAGUACCUCUCAACAUUGCUCCACGUUCAGGAUGAACUCCAGUGAAGCCCAAUUAAUCGUCGUGAACGCCAAUAGUUCACGUCUACCAUUACUAACGCUGCCUAAAUUUUGUGGGGCCUACACUGAGUGGACAAAUUUCUAUUCGCUGUUCACGUCAAUUAUCGACAAGGACAGCGACCUCACAAACAUCGACAAACUACAACAUUUGUGUUCCUGUUUGAGUGGCGCUGCCCUCGAAACCGUGCGGUCACUGGAAAUAAGCAAUGAUAAUUAUAAAACUGCUUUAGAACUUUUGCAGAAGCGUUUCGAUAACAAACGUCUUAUAUUUCAGGCACACGUCAGGGAGAUAUUUGGGCUGAGCAAGGUGGAUUCAAACGUAGGCAUGCUCCGAAAGCUGACAGUCAAGGUCACUUCACACAUUCGUGCAUUACAGUCGCUCGCAUCUAACGAGAAAAUUGCAGACUGCAUCAUCGUACAAAUGAUUCUCCAGAAACUUGACAAAACGACGCAGGCCAAAUGGGAGGAAACCUCUUCGAUCAGCGAGCUGCCAUCCUGGGAUCAAUUGACUGCAUUCUUGGAAAGGCGCUGCCGAAUGCUUGAGAAUGUUGAGCAUGCUGUUCAAGCACAGACUGGUCAGGCGUUAAGGCAUAGCAAAAACGACAGUAUUAGUCAAAGGAAAACGUUUGUCGCCUCCAAAGGCUCAACACGUGUUUGUGUAUUUUGUGGAGCACCCGAGCAUGCAAUUUAUAGUUGUCAACUUUUCGCAAAUUUAGAUCCGAACUCGCGCCUGGGGGAAGUUAAGAAGCUUGCACUUUGUCUUAACUGCCUCAAGGCUGGCCAUCAAAUGCGGGACUGCAAAUCCGGAUCGUGCCGCACCUGCCAGUCGAAACACCACACGCUCCUGCAUUUUAACCGCUCAACUGCUUCGUUAACCGAUAGUCAAGCCGAUGCUUCAUCGGUGGCCACAAUUCGAUCCAGUGCUAUGACUGCAUCGAUAUCUGCUUCGCUUAAUGCCCCCGUGUCUCCUUCUGAUGCUGUGCUCCUAGCUACUGCCGUCAUUCUUGUAAAAAAUUGUGCUGGAAUCUUCGUGUCCUGUCGCGCUCUUUUAGAUUCUGGUUCCCAGUUGCACUUCGUCACAACUCGCUUCGCAAAUCAACUUCAGCUAUUCAAAACAAAAGCUUCUGCUACAGUCUCUGGAAUUGGAGAUGCCAACUUCCCAACGGAAGGUUACUCACUCGAUCUCGUACUUAAGUCGCGGACUUCAGAUUUUUCAACAAGCAUCACUGCCCUUGUUGUGAAAACCAUCACCGACAAUCAGCCUGGCUGCUCCGUGAGCACCAACGAGUGGAAUGUUCCGUCGAAUAUACCACUAGCCGAUCCUGGGUUCAACUUACCUCAGCGUAUUGAUCUGCUCAUCGGAGCAGGACUGUUCUUCGAUCUACUUUGUGUGGGUCAGAUACGCUUAGGAUCUGGUUUACCACUACUUCAGAAAACUCGUCUCGGAUGGGUGCUAUCUGGAGGUGGGCAACAAACUCCAAACCUGUCAUCAUUCGUCGUGAGGCAGAAAUCCUCCAGUGGUCUCAUUCCCAGCACUCGGCUGGACUAUUUAGUACGUCGGUUUUGGGAGAUCGAGCACAUUUUCGAACCGAUCUCUAAGGCCUCCCAAGAAGAUCUUGACUGCGAAGCCCACUUCCAGGGAAAUUAUUUUCGAUUGCCAUCAGGUGAAUACUCUGUUCGUCUGCCCAUAAAACGCAGCAUGGAUGCCCUAGGAGACUCCUAUUUACAAGCUCGUCAACGCUUUCAAGGUCUGGAACGAAAAUUCGCCCGUAACCCUGAUCUAAAGGCAGAAUACAGUAAGUUUAUUAAGGAAUAUCUGGACCUCAACCACAUGUCGCUGGUUUCCAACGAGGUUGUACAACAAUGCAAGUACUUCCUGCCACAUCAUUGCGUUAUCAAGGAUGACAGUAGUACAACAAAAUUGAGGGUGGAUUUUGAUGGAUCUGCAACCACUACCUCAGGUUUUUCGUUAAAUGACCUACUCAUGGUAGGCCCAACUAUUCAACCGAAGCUUUUUCAUAUUCUCAUUAGAUUUCGUACUUUUCCUAUAGCACUUACUGCAGACAUCUGUAAGAUGUAUAGGUGUGUUCGCGUCACUCCACCGGACAACAUGCUCCAAUGUAUUUUGUGGCGAGAAUCUCCACAAGAAGACUUUCGCAUCUAUAAGCUCGACACGGUGACGUAUGGAACUAAGCCUGCAGCGUUUCUAGCCAUCCGAGCCAUGCACCAACUCGCAGCAGACGAAUCCGCGACUUAUCCCAUUGGAGCAGAAGCGGUACUUCGGGACUUCUAUGUAGAUGACCUGAUAACUGGAGGCGAUUCAAUGGCAGAAGUACUCAACAUUAAACUGCAAACAACUAGCCUUCUUACCCGAGGAAGCUUCAAGUUACGCAAAUGGUGCUCUAAUAGUCCUGAGAUCCUUCGUGAUAUUCCUGACGUAGACAAGGAGAAGUUUCUUAAGUUUGACGAUGGCAGUGACAUCACCAAAGCACUGGGGCUUGUGGACCCGCACAAGGACAAAUUGCUAUUUUCAUUUGUACCACAAAGAGAACUCGGAAAAAACUCCAAACGCUCUGCGUUGUCUACACUAGCUCGAUGUUACGAUCCCCUUGGACUAAUGGGGCCCACGCUGACCAAGGCGAAGAUUCUUCUUCAACGAAUGUGGAGAGAUAAGCUCGAGUGGGAUGAGAGUCUGCCACAAUCGUUAGACACUGCUUGGUCUGCUUUUUGCACUGGAUUUGCAGACAUGCAGUAUCUAUCAUUUCCUCGUUACGUUUUUCAGUCUGAAGCCAUUAGAGAAAUCCAUGCAUUUUGCGAUGCAAGCCUUGAAGCUUAUGGGACUUGUGUUUACACGCGAUCAACCAAGGACAACAACAUACAAGUUCACCUAUUAUGUUCAAAGGCCCGUGUCUCUCCACUAAAGACCGUCACCAUACCCAAGCUGGAACUCUGUGCAGCAACAUUGCUCGCACAGCUAAUGGAUUCCUCCACCGUCCUUUCGUGGCUGCGAGAAGAACCGUCAAGGUUUAACGUUUUUGUCGCCAAUCGGGUUUCCACCAUACAUCAACUGACAGAGGGCAUGCAAUGGCACUAUGUUCCUACAGCAAUGAACCCGGCUGACAUUUUAUCGAAGGGAGCUACACCCCGGGAACUUCUAGGAUCGAAACUUUGGAUGCACGGCCCACCCUUUUUGCUAAUAGGACUAUGA